AAAGAACACAGCCCAAAGAAGUGAUACCACAUGAAACCUACUGACACACACCUAAAGAAGACCCCCGGGCGACCACCGAACCAACAACAAAUGACACCAAAAUUGCUGAGCAGACGAUUUUCUGACAAUCUUAUUUGCCCGUUUGUCACCAUAGACUGAAACCAAAGCAACAUUAAACCUAAAAGAAAUUGAAUAAAUAGACGGUACCCCAUUUUUAAGUGUUAAUGUAUAACAAACACCUGUCUUAUUUGACUUUAUUUAUAGAACACCAGGCUCAUUUUCCUGGCUUUGACAGUAUCUCGACUCCUCGACUAUUCACUACUACUAUUCAACUACCGCAUGUAAUCUGUUUUUGAACAGCAGGGGGCAGGUUUUACAGCCUUGCUUGCGAGUGCGUUUCCUCUUGGUUCUGUGCUCGUUCGCUGUAUGUAUCAAUCGAACUCUAAAAGGAGGCUAAAAGGUAACUUCCUGUGGCCGCAUUAUUUGAGAAAACUAUCUAACGCGAAUACAGUAUACAUUAUAUGCCACAGUAACGUAUAAACUCUGUGUAUUUUGUUAUUAUAAGACCUUAAGUGCCGUCGAAAAGGGGUCUUUUUUUCAUAUUUUAAAGGAAAUAAGUGAUAGUCAGAGUUUUAUUUUGAAGGCCUGAACAGGAAGUAUCCUCUGUUUUCCCGUCAGUGUCAGCGCUUGCACUUGUAAAAGGCGUCGCUAAUAAACAUACGCGUAGGGAAAACAAGGGGCAUCGUAAAUAUUUUCGGACGAUUAGCUUGUACCUAUAUAGCUGUCCCGUGGUUCUGUCUUACUCAGUCGGUACCACUGGGUCUGUUUUUACCAUCAGUGACGUUAUUAGUGAUUGUCAACGUCCGGGAAAAAAAAGAAUUGGACAAAAACAGCAACGCCGGGGCGUUAGCGACUUAGCAUCAACGAUAGCCACAGAAGCAAAAAAAAAAAAAUCGGUAGCUUUAGCAUUAGCCGUUAGCAGACGAAGACAUGAUAGCGCUCAUCAAUAAGCUGUUGGACUGGUUUAAGGCGCUUUUCUGGAAGGAAGAGAUGGAGUUGACCCUGGUCGGGCUUCAGUACUCUGGAAAGACCACCUUCGUCAACGUUAUAGCGUCAGGUCAGUUCAGUGAAGACAUGAUUCCUACAGUUGGAUUUAACAUGAGGAAAAUCACUAAAGGCAAUGUCACCAUCAAGUUGUGGGAUAUCGGAGGUCAACCCCGGUUCAGGAGUAUGUGGGAGCGUUACUGCAGGGGAGUCAGCGCCAUCGUGUACAUGGUGGAUGCAGCAGAUCCCGAGAAAAUCGAGGCGUCAAAGAAUGAACUCCACAACCUGCUGGACAAACCACAGCUGCAGGGGAUUCCGGUUCUGGUUCUGGGUAAUAAGAGGGACCUGCCUGGAGCUCUGGAUGAGAAGGAACUCAUAGAAAGGAUGAACCUGUCAGCGAUUCAGGACAGAGAGAUCUGCUGCUACUCGAUUUCCUGCAAGGAGAAAGACAACAUCGGUAACAUAAAGAUGACGUAAAACAAAUGUUGACUGAAACCAAUAUUCCUCCUAAGUGAUCUUGUGUAAAUUGUUAUGUUGAGAUGUAAAA